UUUCACUUCACGAAAACCCCAUCAGAAACCCUCAUUUUCCUUCAAGCCUAAAGAAACAACUUUCCCCGGGAAACAAACACACUUAACACUCACAGAUCUCCUUUCCCCCGCCCCAAAAAUGAGAGAAGAAGAGAUCGAGAAGCUUCGCGGAGUGGUCCGUGACUGCGUGAGCAAGCACUUGUACUCGUCAGCUAUAUUUUUCGCCGAUAAAGUUGCGGCGCUGACGAACGACCCCGCCGACGUCUACAUGCAGGCUCAAGCUUUGUUCCUCGGCCGCCACUACCGCCGUGCCUUCCAUCUCCUCAACGCCUCGAAAAUUGUUCUCCGUGACCUCCGAUUCCGUUAUUUGGCAGCCAAGUGUCUGGAGGAACUGAAGGAGUGGGAUCAGUGUCUAUCAAUGCUUGGUGACGCUAAGGUUGAUGAAGAUGGGCAUGUAUACGACACAAAAGAUAGCAAUUUUAUGUACUUAGAUAAAGAUGGGGAAGAUAGAGAAAUUAAUAUUUCUUCGGCAAUAUGCUUUUUGAGAGGCAGAGCAUAUGAAGCUUUGGAAAACCGUGCCCAGGCCCGGCAGUGGUACAAAGCCGCAAUCAAAGCUGAUCCUUUGUGUUAUGAGGCUUUGGAAUGCCUUAUUGAAAAGCACAUGCUAACGUGUGAGGAAGAAACAAGUUUACUUUCAUCUUUGGAAUUUGGUCCUGAAGAUGGAUGGCUCUCGUCAUUUUACUCAUGUUUGAUAAAAAAGUAUGACAAGGAGAAUGUCGUAGAAGCCAAAUUCAGAGAGCUUGAAAAAGAAAGCUGUGAUAGUAAUCAUUUGGGCCCAUCCUUCCCAUGUACUCUGAAAAACAAUACCGAUCUUUUGGCCUGCAAAGCUGAAUACUACCAUCAGUGUGGUGAAUACCAAAAAUGCUUUGAACUAACCUCCGUUCUGCUUGAAAAGGAUCCUUUCCAUCUAAAAUGUACGUUGGUACACUUAGCUGCUGCUAUGGAACUUGGACAUUCAAAUGAACUUUAUCUAAUGGCGUGCAAUUUAGUGAAGGAUUAUCCUCAAAAGGACUUUGAACCUUUUAGGGCUUUAUCCUGGUUUGCAGUUGGCUGCUACUACUAUUGUAUAAAGAAGUAUGCCCAAUCACGCCGUUUUUUCAACAAGGCUACAAGUCUUGAUGGGACAUUCCCGCCCGCUUUGAUAGGUUAUGGAAAUGCCUUUGCUGCUCAAGAAGAGGGUGAUCAAGCGAUGUUGGCUUAUCGCACUGCUGCUCGUUUAUUUCCAGGGUGCCAUUUACCAACUUUAUAUAUCGGGAUGGAAUACAUGCGAACUCACAGCUUUAAGCUUGCCGAGCAGUUUUUUAUGCAGGCAAAGACCAUAUGCCCUUCAGAUCCACUUGUAUAUAAUGAACUGGGGGUUGUUGCUUAUCAAAUGAAGGAGUAUAAUAAAGCUGUGUGGUGGUUUGAGAAGACUUUGGCGCACAUCCCAUCCUCUUUAAGUGAAAUGUGGGAACCAACCGUGGUCAAUCUUGCUCAUGCUUACAGGAAGUUGAAAAUGUAUCACGAGGCAAUUUCCUGUUACGAGAGAGCACUGACAUUGUCAAAUAGAAGCUUGAGCACCUAUGCAGGUCUUGCUUACACUUACCAUUUGCAGGAUAAUUUUUCUGCUGCCAUUACAUAUUAUCAUAAGGCUUUAUGGCUGAAGCCAGAUGAUCAGUUUUGCACGGAAAUGUUAAGUUUGGCCCUUGUAGAUGAAGGGCGCCAUGGCAUUGACCCCAAAAUCGAAUUUCGCUGAAUCGAGGUUGAUAUUUAAUGAUUUUGAUAAUAUUAUUUUCCUUCAUGUUGUAAUGUAUAUGUAAUCUAUUACUCUCAUGCUACUCUCAUGCCUAUAACAAUGUCUUGGAUUUUCGCUAAUGAUAGAGGCCUGGUGCUUGAUUUGUUGAAAUCUGAAAGCUGAAGAGUUGCUGUAACUGUUGGCGCUGUAUUCCUUUUGCGUCAGUUGCAAUAUGAAGAAUGUGAAAGUGAUCACUGAUUUGAAAGUUAUAGAGCAUUCAGAAUUUC